AUGCAGCUCUCAUUCCUCCUCUUGCCGCUUCUGUCCCUCACGGCCCUGGCCCACGAUGGCGAAGGCCGCAAUCGCAACUCGACAGAAGCCCAGUGCAAGCGCUUCCUGCGCGGCGAGAAGCUCGUAAAGAUCGCCAGCAACGACACGCUCCUGGCCGAGAUCACCAACAACAACGCCACCAAGAUCGACUUCAUCAAGAAGAAGGCCGCCGAGAUUCAGCCCAGGCUCGAUCAGGCGAAGCAGAAUGCCACCCUCAUGACAGCAUGCGAACAGGUCCGCGCUGUGCAGCACGAGAACGGCCAGUGCCGCUUCAUGCACCGCAUGGACAAGCUGCAGAAGCUUGUCGCCAAUGAGACCGCCCUGAACCAGGUCACCAACAACAACGCCACAAAGGCCCAAAAGCUCAAGGACUGGGCCCAGAAGGGCAUGACCAAGCUCACCGAGCUUCAGGGCAACCAGACCCUCCUGCAGUACUGCUCCGCGAGGGACACCAAGGGACAAUGCAGGCAGAUGAAGAAGCUGAACAAACUCGUUGCCCUCUCCAAGAACGACACCGCCCUGAACGAAAAGUUCAACGGCAACGCCACCAAGAUCGAAAUGUUCAAGGCAAAGGCCGCCAAGAAGGAGGUCAAGCUCAACGAGAUGAUGAACAACUCAACACUCAUGGGCGUCUGCCAGCAAAUCAAGGCUGGCAAGGGCGGCAAGAACGGCGCCAACAACAACAGCCAGAACGGCAUCGACAGCGGCGCCGCCGGCGUCAGGGCUGCCGGUGCCCUCAGCGUGGCCGCCGUCGUCAGCGUCGUCGUCGGCUUGUUGAUGUAG